GCCGUCUCGCCCCACGUCAUGUUACCGCAGCAACGCACAGCGCCCUCCAUAUUGGAUUACAGGGACGUUGACGGCGCGAAGUUUAUAACACGUAAAUUACAGACGAUCCCGAGUACGACUCGACUUGCAAGACAAGUUAGUGUCAUGAUUCAUUGAUCUCCAGUGCUGAAGUGCUUGCUGCUACCACUAAAUCGACAACUGUAGCGGGGAUGUAAUUCCAGUUGACUGUAUGUAAACCUGUUAUCAUGGCAGCAAGAUCAACAUACUACCAAGCCCUGGAUGGCCCUGCAAAAGUCCGAUAUAACAAGAUUCUGCAGUGUAUUGAUGACAUUGAUCCAUACACAAUUAGUUUGCGGUCAUGGAAAGAGGAUCCACAUUCUCUUCCUCAAAUAUCGUAUCCUGACAUUGUUAAUUUUCUAGUGUAUACUCCUAGUCCAUACGCUUUGGAGGACUUGAAAUGCUAUAAAGGCCUGGAUGCGUACAACCAAUUCGUAAGUGGAUGGGUUCGUAAUGUCGUUUCUACCGUCAUCAACGGCAAGCACGUUGUUACAGCAAAGGUGAUGCAUUCACAGAGACUGCGGGAGGCGGCACUCAAGCCAUGGUUAAUUGCAGAAAAGUGUGGGAAGAUCAUCGCAACCCACUGCAACUGCAUUGCUGGUCUCGGAGAGGCUUGUACUCAUGUCAGUGCUUUGAUGUUUUACAUUGACACAAAGAUGCAACGAAUUUCAGCUGACAAUUACCCAAGAGGAGGCAGACAAUGUAGAAAAGGCAACAAGAGCACAAUCAUCCAGCAAGAAAUGGUUUCGUUUUCGAUCAGGCCGCACCACUGCAUCAAAGAUGAAGAAUGUUUGCAGGACUAAUCCAGACCAACCUUCUCAAUCACUCAUUCAAUCUGUGUGCUAUCCAGAGUCGUGCAGGUUUUCUACAGCUGCAACCAAGUGGGGAUGCUCCCAUGAAAUAGAGGCACGGCAGGCUUAUGUGGAAAGAAUGGGAGAAGUGCACCAUAAUUUUGAUGUUAAGGACUCUGGCUUGGUAAUUAACACAAGUUGCCCCCACAUUGGGGCUUCCCCAGAUGGGCGUAUUUCCUGUGAUUGCUGUGGGGAAGGUGUCCUAGAAAUCAAGUGUCCAUUUUGUGCUCGUGACACUCAAGUCAAUGAAUAUGCAUCCCUACAAAAUACAUGCCUUGUAGCAAAUGAUAACGAGGUUUCUCUUGAUAGGAAACAUGCAUACAUGUAUCAGGUUCAAACACAAAUACAUACUUGCUCUGUUGACUAUGCUGACUUUGUGUUGUGGACAAAUACAGAUGUCCAUAUCGAGCGAGUUGAGCCUGAUGCAAAUAUGUGGGAUGAAAUUCUAGAAAAAAGUCGCGAGUUUUUCUACAAAGCAGUGCUACCAGAAUUAAUGGGCAAAUUUUACACCCGUAUCCCAUCUGUUCACGAUAAGCCACCAGCUACACACUGCUACUGUGGAAAAUCGCAACCUGUGGACAAGAUGAUCUCAUGCGCUAAUGAAGGCUGCAAAAUCACCUGGUUCCACCAAAGUUGCCUCCAGAUAAAGAGACUGCCAAAAGGGAAAUGGAUCUGCCCAGAGUGUCGUAAAAUACCACGGAAAAAGGAAGAAUGAAAUUUUUAUUAUAACAAUAAUUGGUUGUGCUUUUUAAGGAAAGUUGCAGAGAGUUUAAUCACUUUCUUUUUUCCACCCCAAGGCAAAAAAUUCAUAACUUUUGGGCUAA